CACGUCAAUCCUUCUCACACGUGUCAAAGUAUCAUUGGUCUUCCUCUCGUGGCAGCCGCCCAUCUAUACAAAGAGAGAAGCGCAGGGAAACGAAACCCUCGUUUCAGAUCUACGUUCGGCCUCUGAAAUAUCUCUCUCGGGAGGACUCGAUCUUCUCAAAGUCGGAUCUCCACGGUUCUCUCCGACGGGGUUGGACCUGUUUAAUUUAGGCUAAAUAAGAUGGGAGGAGGAUUUAGGGUGCUUCAUCUUGUCAGGCCAUUUCUUUCUUUCCUGCCAGAAGUUCAGAGUGCUGACCGGAAAGUCCCAUUUAGAGAGAAGGUUAUAUACACUGUGAUCUCUCUCUUCAUCUUUUUGGUAUGCAGUCAGCUACCACUGUAUGGAAUACACUCCACGACAGGGGCUGAUCCAUUCUAUUGGAUGCGUGUUAUUCUUGCCUCAAACCGUGGAACUGUUAUGGAGUUGGGGAUCACCCCAAUUGUGACUUCUGGACUGGUGAUGCAACUCUUGGCCGGGUCAAAAAUUAUUGAAGUGGACAACAAUGUGCGCGAGGAUCGCGCUCUCUUGAAUGGUGCACAAAAACUACUGGGCAUCCUGAUAGCUGUUGGUGAAGCUGUUGCAUAUGUUCUCUCAGGAAUGUAUGGCAGCGUUAGCCAACUUGGAGUUGGAAAUGCCAUCCUUAUUAUCGUCCAACUCUGUUUUGCUGGUAUCAUUGUGAUAUGUUUAGAUGAACUUCUGCAGAAAGGAUAUGGGCUUGGCUCUGGAAUUUCUCUUUUCAUAGCAACUAAUAUCUGUGAAAACAUCAUCUGGAAGGCUUUUAGCCCCACCACUAUUAAUAGCGGUCGUGGAGCUGAAUUUGAAGGUGCCGUUAUUGCUCUCUUCCAUCUGCUAAUAACUCGGACAGAUAAGGUUCGAGCUCUACGGGAGGCUUUCUAUCGACAGAACCUUCCAAAUGUGACGAAUUUGCUUGCAACAGUCUUGAUCUUCCUUAUUGUUAUCUACUUCCAAGGGUUCCGGGUGGUUUUGCCUGUGAGGUCAAAGAAUGCUCGUGGACAGCAGGGUUCAUAUCCUAUUAAGCUGUUCUACACCUCCAACAUGCCCAUCAUUUUACAGUCUGCUCUUGUUUCCAACCUUUACUUUAUAUCCCAGUUGCUGUACAGGAGGUACAGUGGAAAUUUCCUUGUAAAUCUCUUGGGCAAGUGGAAGGAAUCUGAAUAUUCGGGUGGUCAAUACAUCCCUGUUGGUGGUCUUGCUUAUUAUAUAACUGCACCAUCAAGCUUGGCUGAUAUGGCAGCCAAUCCUUUCCAUGCUCUAUUCUAUCUAAUCUUUAUGUUGGCUGCCUGUGCACUUUUCUCAAAAACUUGGAUUGAAGUAUCUGGAUCCUCUGCCAGAGAUGUGGCUAAGCAGCUCAAAGAACAACAAAUGGUGAUGCCUGGGCAUCGGGAGGCCAACUUGCAGAAAGAGCUAAAUCGCUACAUACCCACUGCUGCAGCCUUCGGGGGUAUGUGUAUCGGUGCAUUGACUGUGCUGGCCGAUUUCAUGGGUGCAAUUGGCUCGGGCACAGGAAUUUUACUUGCAGUGACCAUUAUUUAUCAAUACUUUGAAACAUUUGAGAAGGAGCGAGCCAGCGAGCUUGGCUUCUUUGGGUUCUAAGUUUUUACGUUUUUUACCUGAGGAAUGAUUGGUGGUGCCGAAAAGCUCUGGCAGUUUUGGUGAGCUAAAAGGGAUGUAGUUAGAUACACCAAGAGCUUUGAGUUUAAGAUUCUAAAUAGUUUGUUAUUAGUUUCUGUACUGCUGCUAGAAAGUUUGAUAUUCGUGGAUACAGAAAAGCUCAUCAUAGCAAACAAACAUUUUCCUUUCUUUACCUCUACCUACCAAACCUCAAUUACUCAUAUGUACUCUACGAGAUUAACAUUCUUGGUUCCGUAAAUCUUUUGAGGUUAUCUACUGAAAACAUCCAAAAGCAA